AUGGCAGCUGAUGGCAUUUUUGGGUACCCAUUGAGGCGCUUCCUCUGGAGCCCUCCGAUUUUCCGAGAAUGGUCAGGAUCAACGGCCCUCAUGGACUGGCUUGAAUCUCCUAAUGCCCACAUAUUCAAAAUCAAUGUUCCAGGUUUCAGGAAGGAGGACAUAAAAGUGCAGAUAGAUGAAGGGAACAUUCUGCAGAUAAAAGGGGAAGGAGGGAAAGAGGAGGCUCACCAUGCAAAAGACACAGUUUGGCACGCGGCAGAGAGAGGGACGGGGAAAGGAGACUUUACUCGGGAAAUUGAAUUGCCGGAAAAUGUGAAGGUGGAUCAGAUAAAAGCUCAAGUGGAGAAUGGAGUUCUCACCAUUGUUGUCCCUAAAGAUGCAACCUCCAAGCCAUCUAAAGUGCGAAACAUCAACAUCACCAGCAAGCUCUAA